AUGGUUGGAAAUAGAACAUUCACAAAUUGUUCAAAACUUGUUAAAAUUAAUCUUAAAAAUAAUAGUGUUGAACAAAUUUAUUCAAUUUCUAGUUUAAAUCCAUCUGCAGGAUUUGCUUCAAAUGAUGUUCAAAUUGGUUCACGAUAUGCAUUUUUAACUGAAUCUGAUCUUGGAUCAAUAGUUAUUAUUAAUUUAGGAAAUGGUUAA